AUGAAAUGGGAGGACAUCAGCAAGCACCUGCCCGGCCGCAGCGCUAUUAGCUGUAGGCUGCAUUAUCAGAAUUACCUCGAACGCCGGAGUGAGUGGGACGAAGAUCGUAAGAAUAAGCUUGCCAGGUUGUACGAGAGGUUUCGAGCAGACAUGUGGGCACGCGUUGCAGAAGAGAUGGCCAUGCCGUGGCGAGCGGUUGAAGCCAUGCAUUGGCAGAUGGGUGAGCAUGAAAUGGCGAAGCGGGCUGGCGUGACGCCGUUCUCUCUCGCCAACCCUACGACUGGCCUCGAGUCUGCUGCAAUGCCCCCCCGACCACCACUGCGGCACGUAGGACCGCCUCCACGCGCCCUGCGCCGAGAGUCGAUGCCUCCCGAGACGAGCUUGCAAGGUCCUCAGCAGCUGCCCUCGCUGGCGGAAUUGACAGCUGGGCUUCCCGCAUUUUCUACUCCACCUUACCACACCACAGAUCCUUUUCACCACCUGUACAACCACCCAAGAGGCCGGAAUGCUCCUUUCCGGUAA